AUGAAGCUCCAAUCGGCGGCAGCAGCAACUCUGCUUAUUCUCUUUGCCGUCAUUCUGCCAUGUCACUGUCAGACCAGUAAAACCAAGCCGUCGCCGUCUGCAAAAGGAGAAGCACCAGCUGCAGCGAUCAGUAUCAUAUCUCUAAUGUCAGCUCAUGGAUGCAAAAAUUUCGCUGAUACGUUAUCAGCUUCACCAGCUGAGAAGACAUUCGAGGAUAAUGUCGAAGGAGGUGUAACAAUAUUUUGCCCAACCGACGAUGCAAUGAAAUCGUUUUCGCCUAAAUUCAAAAAUUUAACAGCUGAUGGAAAACAAUCGGUUCUCGAAUAUCAUGGAGUUCCUGUUUAUCAAUCGAUGUCGAGUUUGAGAACGAGUAAUGGUUUGAUGAACACUUUAGCUACUGAUGGAGCUAAUAACUACGAUUUCGUUGUUCAAAAUGACGGACAAGAUGUGACAUUGAAGACUAAAGUAGUGACUGCGAAAAUCACCGGGACUGUAUUUGAGAAAGAACCAGUUGCGAUUUUCUCGAUUGAUGAGGUUUUAGAGCCUACGGAAUUGUUUAAAUUAGCUCCAACUCCGGCACCAGCACCAGCACCGACACCUGAGGCUGAUGCCGAAUCUCCUAAACCAGCCGGGAAGAAACACAAGUCACCACCGGCGCCGGCUUCUCCGGCGGAUUCUCCGGUUAGUAGUCGGAAAGGCAAAGUUGCUGCUUCGACGGCGGAUAAGAACGGUGGAUUUAGAUUCAAUGGCGGAGCAAUGGUGGCUCCUGUUUUCUUCAUUUGGUUGGCCCAUUUAUUACUGUAA